GGCGGCAGAAGCAAGAUGACGAAAGGAACGUCAUCCUUCGGAAAGCGUCGCAACAAGAUGCACACAUUGUGCCGCCGCUGUGGCUCUAAGGCCUACCACCUUCAGAAAUCUACCUGUGGCAAAUGCGGCUACCCGGCCAAGCGCAAGAGAAAGUAUAACUGGAGUGCCAAGGCUAAGAGACGAAACACUACCGGGACUGGGCGGAUGCGGCACCUAAAAAUUGUCUACCGAAGAUUCAGACAUGGAUUCCGUGAAGGGACAACCCCUAAACCCAAGAGGGCAGCUGUUGCAGCAUCCAGUUCAUCGUGAGGAUUUCAAUCUGUCAUAAAAUAAAUGUUCUGGUUUCCAAAAAAAAAAAAAAAAAAAAUUUUAAAUUAGCUAUAUUUGGUGAUGUGUGAAUCAAAUGUUUUAGAGGUAUGUACUGUAAUUCUAACACAUUAAGGGCUGUUAGGAAAAGUUAUCCUACAGAUCUUGGUAGAGUAUACUAAGAAUAAUGACAGAGACAAGCCAAUGAAAAUUAUUUUCUUUCUUAAUAUAUAGGCAUCAAAUUUUUGGGAAAAAUAGCACAAAGUCAAGUUAAUGCCCAUCAAUUUUUAUUAAA